AUGGCGGUGGACAUGGGGAAGCUGCGAUGGGGGGAGCUGGAGGACGACGCCGAGGACCUGGAUUUCCUGCUGCCGCCGCGGGUGGUGGUGGGGCCUGACGAGAACGGCGUGAAGAAGGUGAUCGAGUACCGGUUCGACGAGGAGGGGAACAAGGUGCGGGUCACCACCACCACCCGCGUCCGCAAGCUCACCCGCGCCCGCCUCAGCAAGCGCGCCCUCGAGCGCCGAUCCUGGCCCAAGUUCGGCGAUGCCGCCCACGAGGACGCCGGCGCCCGCCUCACCAUGGUCUCCACCGAGGAGAUCAUCCUCGAGCGCCCUCGCGCCCCCGGUUCGAUCCUUUCCCUUCCCUUCCUCCUCGUUACCUUCUUUCUCCUUUUUCUUUCCGGGAGACUCGGUAGUCAUCUUUUUAGGGUUUUCUAUUAA